GUGUGUUCGGAGAGAGAGAGAAAGAGAGAGAGAGAGAGAGUUGUCUGGACAGACGCAGUAGCAGACGUGCCCGCUCCCGUCUCUCUCUCUCUCUCUCUCUCUCUCUCUCUCUUCCAGUCACACACACACACUCGGGAGCAGCGCUUUGACGCACCACGCAGAGUUGGAUUAUAGUGUUGCGCGCUGGUCUUCCACGGGGCUUUUUCCCUCUCUCACGUUGCCUGCACCCUCGCCACUGACCGGCCAUUGAUACAUGAUCGAAAUCAAUUGAUACAUGAUCGGAAUCAAUUGAUACAUGAUCGGGAUCAAUGCCUCCUGCACCACGGUGACCUCUGCUGAGCUUUUGGGAAACAACCGAGUGCUUCCUCGCCGGACGCGUGUUGUGAAUUAAUAACCAAGACAGCCUCACCUGGAGAGUGUGUGUGGACCGGAGUGUGUGUGUGACAGAGAGUGUGUGUGUGUUUCUCUGGAUCAGGUCAAGGUUUGAGGUGUUCCACCAGCACGCGCACAUAUUUAGACUGCAUACACACGAGUGUAUAGCGCACACCGGGGAGAUUUGCGCACCGCAUGCCGGGGACAUGUGGAAGUUUGCUCCGCUGUAACGCAGCGAGAGAGCUGCUCCACCGCCUCGUCGACCUCCCCUCUCCCUGCCCAGGGGGGGACCAAAGUCCCGGCUCACAGCCUUCAGACGCAGAAGCCCCUCCAAGGAGACCCAAAUGUAAAUUCAGCACGAGACAGCUCACAAACAUACGUGUGAAACACGGAGGGAAGCGAGGACGACGACAGAGUUCAUAGAGCCAGAGUUUGGUGAGCUCUCUGAGGGAUUUUAAGAACGCCCUUGUAUUCCCUCGCUGUUUUUGUGGGUCUCAUAUUGGCCCCCCACUUGCCGCAGUGAUGGUGGGAGCUCUGAGCCCCGUUGGCCCUGGCCGCUCCCCGGCGACUGCUCCACUUCUGCCGCUGCUGGUGACGACUGUCCUGGUCCUGGUGCUGUCCAGCGGAGCAGCCGGACAGCCCUGCCCGACCCAGUGCUCCUGCACCGGCACCACAGUGGACUGUCACGGCCAAGGGCUCCGCAGCGUGCCCAGGAACAUACCCCGGAACACGGAGAGACUGGAUCUGAAUGCAAACAACCUCACUAAGAUCACAAAGACGGAUUUUGCAGGACUGAGACAUCUGCGAGUGCUGCGCAUCGUCCAUCCAUCCAGCCCCCGGAGCUGCCGCAUGCUGCAGCAGCUCUGCACCGGCUCGUCGUGGGAAGCGCUGGUGGUUUCAUUCACUACAUGCAUGUGUCCAAACCAGAGCAGCACCUGUUAA